AUGGAUAAAUCAAUCAAAAGUAUGAAACGUGAAAACGAACUAUUAGAUGCGGUGAAAUCGUCCAAUACGUCUUCAGUCCAACGAAUUUUAAGUAAAUGUCGCUCAGGAAAGACGAAUAUAGUUUCACCGAAAAAAAUCAAUCUCAAUUUUCAAGACGACAAUGGAAUGAGCUCGAUCCACGAAGCAGCCGUGGCGGGUAAUGUGGAUAUCCUCAAGCUGCUCAUUGAUAAUGGUGCCAAUGUAAAUUUAAAAGAUAACAAAGGUUUACGUCCAUUACAUUAUGCAGCAUGGCAAGGUCGAACUGAACCUGUUUUUAUUCUUUUACGUCGUGGUGCCAAUGUUAAUGAACAGUCAAUCAAUGGUGAUACGCCACUACAUUUAGCCAGUCAAUAUGGCCAUAAUGACAUAGUACAAUUACUUUUGUUUCAUCAAGCUGAUUCAACUAUAGUGAAUCGUCGUUUAUUGACAUCUCUAGACCUAGCUUGUGAAAAUGGACGUUUUGAUGUUGUUAAUUCACUUGUACAAAAUCCAUUAUGUCAACGAAUGAUAUUGAACAAUUCCGAGCAAAAUUCUUCACUGCAUCUAGCAGCCAAAAAUGGACAUACGGAUGUUGUACGUUUGUUAUUAUUAAACGGAAUGGAUAUUAAUCGUGUGACAAUUAAUGAUGGAACAGCAUUACAUGUUGCUUGUAGAAAUGGACGUUAUGACACAGCGAAAUUAUUGUUGGAAUGCGGCAUUGAUGUGAAUCUUUGUAAUUCUUAUGAGCAAACAGCAUCGGAAGUCGUUAUUAAACAGAAAACUGGAAACGAUAUUAAACGGUUGAUCAAAGAAUUUACCGAUGCGAUACUGGUUCGUGCAAUUCGUUCGUAUACAGAUAACCAUGUUGGAGCAUUGAAUUUCUCCGAAGGAGAUUGUAUUACCGUCUUGGAAAGAAAUCCAACAGGUCAAUGGCGUGGUUUCAUUCUUCAAGAAGAUCUAACUACUCGAAUGGGUUACUUUCCGAGUACAUACGUUCAAUCAAACACUAGCAGUUUGUCCACUUUUCGAAAAACUCAUCUUUCCCCUGUCAAUAUCAAUAACAACAGCCGAUUAUUGACAGCUUCAACGUCAAUCACCAGCAACAACGUUGUUUUAAGACAUCAUCGUCCUAGUUUAAUUAACGGCAAAGAAAUGCGUCAUACAACAUCGGAUGAUAUCCAUCGAACGCAAACACAUAAUGGAGAUCUGUCUCCUGUUGAUAGUGAUUCCAUGUCUCGUGUAUCGCAAGCUGAUUCAGGUUUGGUAACUACAUCGAGCUGGAGCUCACGUUCUCGACGUGACAGUCCGACAAGCAAUAGUUACCGUCAUAGUGCUGCAAGUAGUAUUGACAGUGGAAGGAGUUCCACGGCUUUAUAUGACAGCCCCAAAACAUUGGCAUUAUCAAGUUUCAUGGGCGUUUCGUCAACAGUCAGUCCAUUAUCAUCGGCAAAUCAAACAACUAUUGGUGAUGCUCGUUCGAUUUGCAGUAGUGAAUCAAAAUCAUCCGAUCAAGACAAAACGAGUUAUCGAAGUUCAAACAGCAGUCUCGAUCGCUUAGACGAGUCAAAUUCAUUAAAUAUUAGUACAAAUAUUAAUACAUUAUUACGCAACGGUGUCCCUGAAAAUGAAAUUGUCUUAUCUUGGUUACGCGAGUUUCAAUACGAAGAUUAUGCCGAAAAUUUCUUAUCAAAUGGUUAUGAUAUCCAAACGAUUGUUCGAAUGACACCAGAAGAUUUGACAGCGAUUGGUAUCACUCAUCCAUCUCAUCGACGAAAAUUGAAAAACGAAAUUGCUCGAUUGCAUCUACCUGACGGUUUGCCAGACGCCAAACCCGAUACGCUUUACGAUUGGUUAUGCUGUCUUCGUCUAAGUCAAUAUCUACCAUUGUUAAAUGAACAAAACUAUAAACAACUAUCAGAUAUCAUGGAUAUCGCUUGGGAAGAUCUCGAAGAUAUUGGCAUUACGCGUCUAGGACAUCAAAAACGUUUCAUGCUCGGUGUUAAACGUUUGAAGGAUAUGAAAAAAGGUCUCUACCAAGCGAAUCAAAAUUCUCCAUUACAAUCUCCGACUGUUGUUUCAUCACCGAAUAAUCAUCGUUUGCCACCACCCUCGACACCAUCAAGACAAACUUCAUGUGUCAGUCACGAUCGUCGACCUGCUGUUCCAAUACGUCAAACCAAAUCGACGCUUGAACGUUGUAAUUCGCUCGAAAAUAAUAGUAUUCAACCGCCACAAUUAUCCAUUCGAAAACCAUCAAUUCAAGUAGCUCCUCGUUCUCCGACACGCGUCAGUUCGAACGGUGAUUCAUCGAACUAUGCCACACUUCGCAAACCUCCUGUAUCACCAAAAGGUUCUUUCAAUAAACCAAAAUUAACAUCAUAUGCUAGUCCUGUGGGUACAUCAUCAUUUCGUUUGCCACCACCACUAUCAUCAACGAUGAAUAAUACCAAUUCGUCCGAUCCGGAUUCUCUCUCAUCAUCACGGACGCGUAGUUUGGAAAAUAUCAAUUCCAGCGAGAAACCUCAUCCUUCGUCAUCGAUUCAAAUCGAGUCGAACUCAUCAUUUACCAACGGAAAUUCUUCGAAUUACAAUCAACGUCCAACGAAACCAACCAAUCUUCAAUCACUAGGCGAUGCUAAUCUUUCAUCAAGUACAGAAUCAACAAACAAUAUUCCAUUUGCCAAUGAAAACGUCGGAACAAUUAAACAACGUUCACCACAUAAUCAAGGCAACAAUCUAUAUAAUUCCUCUUUUGAUUCAAUGAAACGUUCCUUACCAAUGCAAUUCAUUGAACAAUCAAAUACUCAUCUUCUGAAACCUUCAUAUGCAAUGACCACAGCUAUUUACGAUAAUAAUGAUCGAUAUAUUCCAAACAAUGUCAAUUCGCGUAAAUCGGCUACUUUGACCGGAGAGAAACGCUUGCAAUAUAUCGAAAUCAUGAAAAAAGAUCAGCAAAAUAAAAUAGUCAGAAAUGAUACGACCAAUGUUUUGUCUGAUAUUGAUACAAUGCUUUCCGAUCUUAAUCGAGAGCUUGAUCAAAUGCUUGAUUAUGAACCAACGCCUUCAAUACGACAUUGA